AUGACAAAAGUGAAAAAACAGUACAAAAUUUGUGGCGUUUGCGGUGAUAAAGCACUCGGUAGAAAUUUUUGUGCCGUUUCGUGCGAGUCUUGUAAAGCAUUCUUCCGGAGAAAUGCCACUUAUUAUCAUGAAAUGGCCUGUUUUUAUGAAGACAAUUGUUUGAUUGAUAUCGAGUCGCGAAGUAUGUGUCGAAAAUGUAGACUUACAAAGUGUUUUAAUAUUGGCAUGAAAAAAGAAUCGGUACUCAAUGACGAGGAAAAGGAGAUUAGAAAACGUAUAAUACAAGAAAAUAGACUAAAGAAAAACAGGAGUAAAACAAUUGACAAAUUGGAUGACAACUCUUCAUCAUCACAACCAAUGGUCACUACAGAUCAUAAAGUGUCGGAUAAUUCAAUAGAGAUUUUGGAAAAUAAUAACAUAAAUGUGGAUGAACUAAAUCCACAAAUAAGGGAAUUUGAAAAUAGUUUGUCAAACGAUUCCUAUAGUAAUGAAAUGUCUACUGAACAACAAGUGAUUCCUAUCGUGAGACCCAUUAAUAACAAUGCAUUCAAUGAGACCGAAAGUAUGCGGUUUACGGAAUUGAUGAGUGUAAUCGACUUUAUAAGGUUUCCCAAGCUUUCAUCCACAUCACAAAUACAGCAUUUAUUAGAUGCCAUCACAAUAACAGUCAAUAUGUUUGAUGAAGUUUGUAGGAAAUCAGUGAAAGGAUUCAAAAGAAUGAAUGCAUUCAAGACUUUGUGCAUAAAUGACCAAAUAUUGCUACUUAAGUCCAAUACCAUUCAAAUGUCAUGUUUGCGUACAAUGACCAUUUAUAACACUCAAUAUAAACAAUGGGUUGUUCCUAUGGGUGACAACAAAUCAGACAGCAACAAAAGCAAACUAUUCUGUUACGCUAUCAUGUAA